AUGUACCAUCUAAUAGAUGAUCUUAUACCCCAUGGCCAUUCACCCCGUAAUUUGCAACUCUAUUUCUUUGACACUGAUACAGAAGUAGAUAAUAGAGUUGGGUACACUAAUCGACUUGAUAGAAGCAUAGUUAGCGAUCUUGUUGAACUUAUGUCCCAAAAUCCAUAUGCUCAAUUUUUUAGAAGUCUCAAGGAUGUCAAAUUUGGGGAUGAAUUUGUUAUAAGUUUGAAUUCAACUACAUCAUUAGAUCAAAGAGUUUAUAAUUUGCCUACAGCUUCACAAGUUGCUGCAAUAUGGCUAGAGAAUGAUUCAGACAGAGUCCCAAAUAAUAGAAGCAUUAAGGUGUAUGCAUGUAGUGGGCGUUCCCAUAAUGUUCAAUACUAUUAUGGUUGUUAUGACCCAUUACAAUAUCCUCUUUUGUUUCCACUUGGCGAAACUGGUUGGCAUGAAGGAAUUGAUAGGAAUGUUGCCCUUACAUAUAAUAAUGUAAGGAAACGUCAAUCAUGCAUUAUUGACCCUACAACUGUCUCAUCUGUGGAAGAACUAAUUGCGACUGAAGAGUCAAUGGUUAGUGAGGGAAAAAAGAAAAGGUGUGUUUCUUGUAGGGAAUAUUAUGCAUACAAGUUUCAAGUGCGUUCAAAUGAUCAGUCUUUGUUGUUACAUACUGGAAGACUUUUGCAACAAUUUAUUGUUGACAUUUAUAUCAAAAUUGAAAAUCAAAGACUUGAUUAUUAUAGGACACAACAAGAUCAAUCUAGAAUUGAAACAUAUCAAGGAUUAGUGGAUAGUGUUGGUGUUGGGGCAACUACAGGUUAUGAUGUCGGUCGUAGAAUCAUAUUGCCAGUGUCUUUUAUUGGUGGACCACGUGAUAUGAGGAGGAGAUAUAUGGAUGCUAUGUCACUUGUUCAACGAUUUGGAAAACCCGACCUUUUUUUAACAAUGACAUGCAAUCCAAAUUGGCCUGAGAUUAAAGAGUUUUUAUGCUAUAAUGAUGAGGCACAUAAUAGACCUGAUCUUCUUGCAAGAGUUUUCAGAGCACGGGUUGAAGUAAUGAAAGAUGACAUUUUGAAAAAACAAAUUUUUGGUGAAGUUGCAGCCUACACAUAUGUGAUUGAGUUUCAAAAGAGAGGCCUUCCUCAUGCUCAUUUUUUAUUGAUUCUACGUGGGAAACAUAAAAUUACUUCACCAUAUCAGAGUGAUAAGAUUGUCAGUGCUGAAAUACCAGAUAAAAAUGUUCAUCUUUAUUUGCAUAGUUUAGUUGCAAGGCAUAUGAUUCAUGGUCCAUGUGGGUCUUUAAAUCCUACAUUUUCUUGCAUGGUCCAAAAACGAGAAGGGAAGCACAAGUGCUGUAAAAGUAAAUACCCUAAAUCGUUUUCUAAUGAAACAAUAUUGGGUGAUGAUUCCUACCCUAUUUAUCGUAGGAGGGAUAUUUUUAAUACUGUUUUUGUUAGGGGACAUGAGUUGGAUAAUUGA